AUGUCCUCCGCCCCCGUAGCCCCCAUCCGCCAGCCCCGAGGCCCGUCCCAUCACUCAUUCUCAUCAACCUCCCCCCCCGCGCCCCCGACCGGCAACUCGCCCACCCCGCCAGGGGGCAACACCGCCAGCGGCCCACCAGCAGCUGACCAGGAUUCUCUCAAGAGGGCCAACACGGUCUCAAACCCGCGCCAUCACCAGGCCAGCGCCUCCAUCUCGGCCAACCCUGCGGCGUCCUCAGCUUUUCACGGUCCUGCUGUUUCUACCAACUCGGUCUCUUCUGGUAAUACCACAGGGUCCGGUGGCCGGAGCCGUGUAAACAGGUUCAGGAGCGGAUCGUUGUCGGCUGCUUUGCCUGAUCCCGGGUUGGUAAGGCGAGGAAGCGGGAGGGAGGUUAGGAAGGAGGUGGUGCUGGAGAGCCAGGUCGAAGGAGAGAACCAUGAGAUGGGCGGGCAGCAGUGGAACAAGGGUCUGAGCAGGCAGUCCAGUUUGCCUUCCAGGCGAGGUCUCAACCCAGUUCAGCAGCCCGACCAGCCACUUCCCUCCCGUCCAUCUCGCAGGCUCGCAGUGAAUACCGCUGGGCAAAUAACAGGCCCCACCCCGCCUCAAUCGGCGCAUGGUGCUUCGCACUCGCUCUCGUCCUUGUCCAUGCUCUCGCAGCCGCAAUACAACAACCAGGGGUUGGAUGAACCGAUCAAUGCUGGUGUUGGCGGGAAUGGAGGCGGUGCGGGCGUGUCAAGGACGCAGAGCUUGAGGGCACAGGCAAAGCAUAUAUCGUCUGGCAACCUGGGAAGAAGCACGAGUCUGAAGGCCGUUGGCGAGCACACUUACCGCCCAUCCAUGUCCAAUAUCAACCCUGAUUCCCAGCCGACCCCGCCCAACGUCUUGUCGCCCCAGAAUGCCUUUUCUCCCCCUACCCCACCCCCUCUUUCUUCCACCGCCGCCCUCCCGCCCUUUGGCCUGCCCGGGUAUGAUAGCGCCAUCGCUACCGGUCCUGCCGACGUUAAACGCCACCAAAGUCUCAACCAAGGUUAUGGAUCACACUCUAGGGUGCGAGACAGGCUUGAAAAGAGUCCAGCUGUUGUGUCGUUGGAAGGCAGAGGUAACGAGGUCAGGCAGAGACUGGACUCUGGCAGGCUGGACGAGGAUGAACCUCCCACGAGCCCCGUUGGGCCCUCGGUGUGGUCCAACAACCCCAGACUUGGCGACGGAUGGGCGUCUGCUCCCGGUCAGGCCAACAGCACCAAGAAUGCUUCUCAGCAAUUGCAAGACGCUUUCGAGGCCAUGAACCUCGGCAGAAAGAUGAUGGCGCCCGAAAACGGUUUCGCCCAAGGACCACUCAUCAACGGAGGCUACGGCCUCAACCGCGAGAGGCUCAACCUCGAGACCAACAUCAUGCGUCACUCGCACGCUGGUUCGCCCGCCUCUGGUCAGCUGCAGAGAAAGGGUUCUGGAGCAGAUGGAGAGCCUAGCUGGGUCAACAAGCUUGUAGGGGGAGACAACACCCCUAUGUUGGGGCACAACAUGCCCCGAUCUGCCAGCACUCACAGCUGGGGUGGUGAGCGGGACCGCAAUGACCAAGGGUACUCGGGUUACCCGGGUAACUACAUGAACUUCAACAACAACGGGUAUAUGCCCAUGCCUCAGAAUCAUCAGGGGAGGAUGAUGCCUCCGAUGCCGAUGCCUGGCAUGAACUACAUGGGUAUGCCGGGCUACGCUCAAGGCUUCUCUGGAUAUAUUCCCAAUGGUCAGCAGCUCGGUGGGCCUGGGAACGGGCACGGGGGACAAGGCCAACAUGCCUAUCCCUCUCCGCCAGCAUCGGCGGGAAUGGGCGCGCAGGACAAGGAUGUGAUUGAGCUGGCAAGGAAGAAGGGUUUGAACCCUGCGACCUUUGAGUGUCGGCCCCAGGGAGCGAGGUUUUUCGUCAUCAAGUCUUACACUGAGGAAGAUGUCCAGAAAUCACUUAAGCAUGAAAUCUGGUCCUCCACUGUGCUCGGCAACAAGCGUCUUGAUGCGGCCUACCGCGAGAAUGCCGGCAAAGGUCCAAUCUACCUGGCCUUCAGUGUCAAUGGCUCUAGGCACUUCUGUGGCGUUGCCGAGAUGACCACUCCGGUGGACGAAACCAAGACUUCCAAGGUCUGGGCCCAGGACAAGUGGAAGGGCAUCUUUGAGGUCAAGUGGAUCUUUGUCCGGGAUGUCCCCUCUGCCGCCCUGCGCCACAUCCGCCUUACCAACACCCCCGAGUGCAAGCCCAUUACCAACUCGCGCGAUACCCAAGAGCUGCCUUAUGAAGCCGGUUCCGAAGUUUUGCAGAUCUUUUUGGAUCACCAGACAAAGAGCAAGACGAGUCUGCUGCAGGACUUCGCCUACUACGAGCAAUUGUCUGCGAACCGCCAAGGCCCAAGCCCCAAUGGCAAUGCUGCCCAACUGAAUCAAAUUCAAACACCUGUCUCUGCUGGCGGUCAUCAGCCACCCCAGCUCGCUCCUGCGAUGGGCAUCUCGAAUGGCGCCUCUGUACCUCCCGUCCCCACCAUUCCCGACCGAUUCGCAUAG